AUGUCAUGCUCGAAAAUAUUUUCAGGAGAUCUACCUGAAUUGAUAUAUGAAAUCAUCAAAUAUUUACAGAAUGAUUAUUCAACUUUGUAUUCAUGUGUUUUAGUUAAUAGAUUAUGGUGUCGUUUAGCGAUCCCAUUAUUAUGGGAAAAUCCAUUUUCAAUUCGUACUAGAAACUAUAAUUUUAUUGAAGUUUAUUUGUAUAAUUUGAAUGACCAUUUAAAAACAAAAUUAAAUGAGUAUCAAAUUAUUGAUAAUUUAUUACCCUCAAUUACACUUUUCAAUUAUCCGAGUUUUUUAAAGUAUAUAAGUAUAUACAAGGCUAUUAAUUCAGUUGCUGAAUGGUGGUAUGGAGUUUUAAAACUCAGAAAUAGAUAUUUUAUACAAGAUAAUUUUGGUGAAUUAGUAUGUAUGUCACUAUUCAUAAUGUUUAUUGAAAAUAAAGUAAGCUUACAUACUCUUGAAGUUGGGAUAAGCACUUCUUACAGCACAUAUAAUGAUAAUGUACUUGAGUUAAUUUUACAAAAUCCAAAUUUCAUUUAUAAUAUUAGAAAUUUAAAAUUUUCCAUUUCAAGUUCUAGUGAUAAUACACUAAUUAAAAAUCGUAUAUCACAAUUAAUUAAUUUACAAAAAAAUCUUAAAAAAAUAUUAUUCGGUUCUAAUAGUCUUUUUAUGUAUCAAUCAUUAUUAUUAUCAAAAGAAUCUAAUUGUUCAAAUACCUUAAAUACAAUCAUUUUCCAUUAUGUCAAUUUCAAAGGUAUAAAUAAUUUAGUUGAAGUAUUUGAAAGGUUGAAUGUUUUAGAAUCUGUUCAUAUCAUGUAUUGCUAUUCUUUAGAUACUAGUUUUGUUCAACAAAUUAUUAAUCUAACUAAAUCAUUUAAAUUAAAAUCUUUAUUCAUAAAUGAGAUUUCACAAAUUGAAUCGUUAAAUUUAUUAUUGCAAAAAUCUGGUAAUUAUUUAGAAAAUUUCGGAUGUGGAGGCAUUAUUACUAAUUUUAGUCAGUCAUUUAAACGACAAAUAUUAGAAUUAAUUAUAAAAUAUUGCAAAAGUAUCAAGUUUUUUGAUAUGUAUAGAAUUGAGAACCAUACUAUUUCUCAAAUCAUAUUCAAUUUAAUCGAAAAUAUUAAGCAAAAUCUUAAUUACCUUACAAUCCGUUUAUGGAAUUAUCAAGAUAGUAAUAUCAAUUUAAUAAUAUUACAAGAUUUAGGACAAACACUUCCUCCUAAAUUAGAAUAUUUAAGUUUGGCUCUUAACAUUAAGGCAAUUGAUUUUAAAUUAUUCUUGAAAAGUUCUCAAGAUACUUUCUUCAAGAAAUUGGUAAUUAGUAAUGUAAGACAAGAAGAUGGUAAUUAUAUUGAUAUUUUACCUUAUGUAAAAGAAUAUAUUAUGAAGAAGAAAAGAGCUAAAUAUUUGGCUAUCAAGAAUACUUUCACUGUAAGAUGGGAGAGAAUCAUAGAUUUGUUUGAUUUGAAAGAUGAAGUGAUGGAAUUUAAGUCACAUAAUAUUAAAGUUCUUAAUUAUAUUAAUUUAUCUACUGAUAUUUAUAGAUUUUUAAAUGAAAUUAAUUAA